AUACUCACUUUCUUCCUUUGUUCUUGUUCCAUCUCUUUCUCUGUAGGUGCUUUCACUCUCUCUCUUUCUCUUGAGAUAAAAACCACUGUGUGUUCUCUUCUCUCACUCACUCACCCUUCACUGAACCUCACUUACAUCUUUGAACAUCUAAUGAAGGAGAGUGGAGGCUCUCUUGGAGAAGAGAGCCUGCACAGUGAAGAACAACAACAAAGCUAGUGUGUUUCUUCUCAGUGUUGUUCCAUUUUCAGUCUCAUAACCUUGAAACUUCACUUCUUCUGGUGAUGGCUCUUUCUAUGCACAAGGACUCUUCCAACAGCAUGGAUUCAAGCAAGUAUGUGAGGUACACUCCUGAACAAGUUGAAGCUUUGGAGAGGGUCUAUGCUGAAUGUCCAAAGCCGAGUUCUUUAAGGAGGCAACAACUUAUCAGAGAGUGUCCUAUCCUCUCCAACAUUGAACCAAAACAGAUCAAAGUUUGGUUCCAAAAUCGCAGAUGUCGUGAGAAGCAGAGGAAGGAAGCUUCACGUUUGACCACAGUGAAUAGGAAGCUGAGUGCUAUGAACAAGCUGCUAAUGGAAGAGAAUGACCGUCUGCAGAAGCAGGUCUCACAUCUGGUGUAUGAAAAUGGUUACAUGAAGCAACAGAUACAUACUGCAUCUGCUGCGACCACCACAGAUAAUAGCUGUGAGUCUGUGGUAGUGAGUGGUCAAAAUCAACAGCAAAACCCAUCUCAGCAUUCCCAAAGGGAUGCCAACAACCCAGCUGGUCUUCUCGCUAUUGCUGAGGAGACCCUGGCAGAGUUCCUAUCCAAGGCUACUGGAACUGCUGUCGACUGGGUCCAGAUGAUUGGGAUGAAGCCUGGUCCGGAUUCUAUUGGAAUCGUUGCUGUUUCCCGCAAUUGUAGUGGGAUAGCGGCACGAGCCUGCGGCCUUGUGAGCCUAGAGCCCACUAAGGUUGCCGAGAUUCUUAAAGAUAGAAUGUCUUGGUAUCGUGACUGUCGAUGCCUUGAUGUGCUGAGUAUAGUCCCUACUGGGAGUGGGGGAACAAUAGAGCUCAUGUACAUGCAGACUUAUGCGCCUACAACAUUGGCAGCAGCUCGUGACUUUUGGACAUUGAGAUAUACUACAACUUUAGAAGAUGGAAGUCUUGUGAUAUGUGAGAGAUCAUUGACCAAUUCAACUGGUGGUCCCACUGGGCCUCCUCCUUCAAACUUUACUAGAGCUGAAAUGCUUCCUAGUGGCUAUCUAAUUCGACCUUGUGAGGGUGGUGGCUCCAUUAUUCACAUUGUUGAUCACAUAGACCUAGAUGUCUGGAGUGUUCCUGAAGUGCUGAGGCCCCUCUAUGAAUCAUCCAAAAUCCUAGCUCAGAAAAUGACGAUUGCUGCCCUGCAACACAUAAGACAGAUAGCACAGGAGUCCAGUGGAGAAAUUCAGUAUGGUGGGGGACGCCAACCAGCUGUCUUAAGGACGUUUAGUCAGAGACUUUGCAGGGGGUUCAAUGAUGCUGUGAAUGGAUUUGUGGAUGACGGUUGGUCAAUGCUGGGUCAUGAUGGGGCGGAAGAUGUGACUAUAACUGUAAACUCCACCCCCAACAAGUUUUUGGGGUCCAAUUACAAUUCGUCAAUGUUCCCAGCAUUUGGAGGCGGGGUCCUGUGUGCUAAAGCAUCAAUGCUACUGCAGAAUGUUCCUCCUGCUUUGCUUGUUCGAUUCCUGAGGGAGCAUAGAUCAGAGUGGGCUGAUUAUGGGGUUGAUGCGUACUCUGCCGCUUGUCUUAAGGCUAGUCCCUAUGCAGUUCCUUGUGCAAGACCUGGUGGUUUCCCCAGCACUCAGGUUAUUUUACCACUUGCUCAUACCAUUGAGCAUGAGGAGUUCCUGGAGGUAGUUCGAAUAGAGGGUCAUGCAUUCUCCCCUGAAGACGUGGCAUUAGCACGUGAUAUGUAUCUAUUGCAGCUAUGCAGUGGAGUUGAUGAAAAUGCAAUUGGGGCAUGUGCUCAGCUGGUGUUUGCACCAAUUGAUGAAUCAUUUGCUGAUGAUGCUCUCUUACUGCCUUCAGGCUUUCGUGUCAUCCCAUUGGAUCCUAAAACAGAUGGAUCAGCUGCGUCUAGGACAUUGGAUUUGGCAUCGACACUUGAAGUAGGUUCUGGUAGUACUCGUCCAGCUGGUGAAGCUGAUGGUUACAACCUUAGGUCGGUCCUCACAAUUGCAUUUCAAUUUACCUUCGAGAACCAUUUAAGGGACAAUGUUGCUGCUAUGGCCCGUCAGUAUGUGCGUAGUGUUGUGGGAUCAGUUCAGAGGGUUGCCAUGGCAAUUGCUCCCUCUCGACUCAGCACCCAGAUGGGCCCGAAACCACUUCCUGGUUCACCAGAGGCUGUUACCUUGGUUCGUUGGAUCUGUAGAAGUUACAGGAUUCACACUGGAGCAGAUCUUUUUAGAGUUGAGUCUACAGCUGGUGAUGCUAUCUUGAAGCAACUUUGGCAACAUUCUGAUGCAAUCUUGUGCUGUUCUGUGAAAACAAAUGCAGCUCCGGUGUUCACCUUUGCAAAUCAGGCUGGACUAGACAUGCUUGAAACUACUCUGGUUGCCCUUCAAGAUAUCAUGCUUGAUAAAGUUCUUGAUGAAGGUGGCAGGAAGAUUCUUUGCUCUGAAUUCUCCAAGAUAAUGACACAGGGUUUUGCAUCUCUUCCGGCAGGGAUAUGUGUAUCCAGUAUGAAUCGACCAGUCUCCUAUGAUCAGGCCAUUGCAUGGAAAGUUCUCAAUGAUGAUGAUUCCAAUCACUGCCUGGCCUUCAUGUUUGUGAACUGGUCUUUUGUCUGAUGGGGGAACAAUGUUAUUAAGAUAAAUAUAUGUUAAUUUAUAUUCAGAUCAGUACUUAAUUACCUGAUACUUUUAAAGACAGUUGUACUAAUUUCAGCUUUUAUGCACCUUUUGUGAAUUAUGUUCCUCUAUCACUAUGUAAGAAUCCUUAAGUUUGGUGAAUCCUUGACUUGAUAAUCAUAGUUUAUGGUGAAGAUGAUCUGUGUAACAUGGUUUAGUUCA